CCUUCUGGUUCCCGUUACAAUGCUAAAAUCCACCGUCCUGCUGCUCAGCUGUGCUUCCUGUCGACACUUCACCAAACUGUGGAUAAUAUCUCUUCGGCUGUCAGUGAUGAGUGUGAUGCAGCUAUGUGUGUUCCCUGGACGAUUUUGACUCUAAUCUCCACCUGGUGACAGAACCUUGGACGUUUCAUUUCUGUCACCGCCUGACCGUCACACACCUGAACACCUGAUACCGCAGCCAGUCAUGCCGGAUGCUACUGAAUAACAAGUAGCAUCUGGGGGGGGAAACUCACAGUUUUUCUGAGCUCCCAUCAGAAGACUGCCAUGUUUGUGUAAGAAUGAGAAACUGAGUGGGGGGGAAAAGAGGAAAGCAAGUGAGACUGAAGGGGCUGAAGUGACGGAAACGUAGAGCCAUCCUGUCAGAAGGUUGGCAGCACCUGAGUCAGCCAGGCCCUGAGGAUGACUAGCCUGUUCAAACGCAGCAGCAGCAAUGGAGGCUCCAGAAGUAGUGGAAGUGGUGGCGGCGGCAGCGGGGGAGGUGGCGGCGGCGGCAGCGGCGGCGGACAGGGGCAGCUCAACAAUAGCAGGCCCAACCGGCAGGUCCGACGCCUGGAGUUCAACCAGGCCAUGGAGGACUUCAAGACCAUGUUCCCCUCUAUGGACUAUGAGGUGAUCGAGUGCGUGCUGCGCUCCAACAACGGAGCCGUGGACGCCACCAUCGACCAGCUGCUCCAGAUGAGCAUCGACGGACAGGGCUCGGACGACAGUUCGGAUUCGGAUGACAGCAUCCCAGCAGAGAUUCUGGAGCGAACACUGGAGCCUGAUAGUUCAGAUGAGGAACCGCCUCCAGUCUACUCUCCACCAACAUAUGAUAUGCACAUUUAUGACAGGAAAUACCCGGAAACCCCACCAACGCCCCCACCCCGAUUUGAAGCCCAGCCUCCUCCAGGUCACCAGCAGGUCCGGAGCUACCGGAACUGGAACCCUCCUUUACUGGGAAAUCUGCCCGACGAUUUUCUGCGGAUUCUGCCGCAGCAGUCGAACAGUACACAGCAGAGCUCUCAGAGCAGCCUAUCCCAGCCUUCAUCGUCAUCCUCCUCCUCAGUUUCUUCAAUAAGCCAAUGGACCGCCCCGUCCGGUUCUCGGUCUGGAGCCGCGGCGACCGCCGGAGGUCCGGGUUUGACGACCGGCGGCACGGAGCAAGACAAGAAGCUGAAGCAGUAUCUGGAGGACGAGCGCAUCGCUCUGUUCCUGCAGAACGAGGAGUUCAUGAGGGAGCUGCAGCGCAACCGCGAGUUCCUCAUCGCCUUAGAGAGAGAUCGCUUGAAGUAUGAAUCAAAGAAAUCAAAGUCCAGUCAUUCAUCUAGCAUGGAGAAUUCCACAGGGGAGCAGUACUCUGCAGCUUCAAUGGAGGCCGUCUCAGACGACGCCCUGUUCAGAGACAAACUCAAGCACAUGGGCAAAUCAACAAGAAAGAAGCUGUUUGAAAUCGCCAGAACGUUCUCAGAGAAGACGAAGAGGAGAAAGUCAAAGAGGAGGACGCUCCUGAAGCACCAUUCACUGGGCACAGCCAACUCUACAGCCAACCUCCUGGACGACGUAGAGGGAAACCCCAGCGAGGAGGACGGUCAGGCUCGGAGGGCAAACACUCAGGAAGAGAACGAACAACGCAACGAGCCAAUAUCAUGAUCCUCCCGUGCUGCACCAUAUCAGGGUUACCAUGGCGGCGGCAGCACGACACAUUGGGUGGUGGCCUUGCGACUCUUCGU